CAAGUGUCCAUGUUGACCGAGCUGGAAAGGCGGCAGCCGGCGGAGACUAGCAGCGCGCAUUCUCGUUCAUUUAUUGCACGGAAACGCAAUGGAAACGGCAGAAACAGAACAGCGACCUGUCGCAGAGAAGCGGAACCUUAGCCUUAGUGGUCAUGUCGGUUUUGACAGCCUUCCUGAUCAAUUAGUCAGCAAAUCUGUAUCACAAGGCUUCUGUUUCAACAUUCUUUGUGUGGGGGAAACGGGUAUAGGUAAAUCGACAUUAAUGAACACAUUGUUCAACACAAUGUUUGAAAGUGAUGAGGCCACCCACUAUGAACCAGGUGUACGUUUAAAGCCACAAAGUUACUGUUUGAAGGAGACCAACGUGGACCUUAAAUUGACUAUCGUUAAUACAGUAGGAUUUGGUGACCAAGUUAAUAAAGAGGAAAGCUAUAAACCAGUUGUUGACUACAUUGAUGCACAGUUUGAGAAUUACCUGCAGGAAGAGCUGAAGAUCAGGCGUUCGCUGCAUGAUUUUCAUGAUUCAAGAAUUCACGUCUGCCUUUACUUCAUUGCUCCCACUGGUCAUUGCCUUAAAUCAUUGGAUUUAGUCACAAUGAAAAAACUGGACAGCAAGGUAAAUAUUAUUCCCAUUGUAGCCAAGGCAGAUACAAUUUCAAAAAGUGAGUUACAUAAAUUUAAGAUAAAAAUAAUGAGUGAACUGGUCAGCAAUGGUGUGCAGAUAUACCAGUUCCCAACGGAUGAUGAUGCAGUGGCAGAGAUCAACUCAACAAUGAAUGCUCAUCUCCCGUUUGCCGUCGUUGGCAGUAUGGAAGAGGUGAAAGUGGGAAAUAAACUGGUGAAAGCUCGGCAGUACCCAUGGGGUGUUGUUCAGGUUGAAAAUGAAAAUCAUUGUGACUUUGUGAAGCUGCGUGAAAUGCUGAUUCGUGUUAAUAUGGAGGACCUGAGGGAGCAGACGCAUACAAGACACUACGAGUUAUAUCGGCGAUGCAAACUGGAGGAGAUGGGAUUCAAAGACACUGAUCCUGACAGCAAACCAUUCAGCCUGCAGGAAACCUAUGAAGCCAAGAGGAAUGAAUUUAUGAGUGAACUGCAGAAAAAGGAGGAGGAGAUGAGGCAAAUGUUUGUCAUGCGAGUUAAAGAAACUGAGACAGAUCUGAAAGAGAAGGAAAAGGAGCUUCAUGACCAGUUUGAUCAAUUGAAGAAAACACACCAGGAAGAGAAGAAAAAACUGGAGGAGAAGCGACGAGAAUUGGAAGAAGAGAUGAACGCAUUCAACCGACGGAGAAUGGCAGCCCAGACGCUGCAGGGACAAGGUUUCCAGGCUACAGGACAGCAGCCAGUCAAGAAAGACAAAGAUAGAAAAAAUUAAAACUUCCUGCACAUUUAAACCUAUCCAUAUGGGAUUAUUUCUUGUGACCUUAAUAACAUAAUUAUCACAUAAAAAAAGCCUCUUGCCUCCUAACCUACCCAUCUUUACUCUGCCACAACAUGGACCACAAAUGUUCCAAGUCAAAACCCGGACAGAAGAAGUCAACGCCAGGACCUGCGAAAUGCUGAAUUUGGAUGGCCACCAUGUGAAUUCUGCUUACCCAUCCCAUUAAGUUUGACGUUAUCUUUGAUAUGUUGAAACUUCAUAUGGAUUUCACAGUUAUCUUCAAAUGGCCCUUUUUAAAUGGACAUAAUAUAUAUUUAUACUAUUUUUUGUAUACAUGUCUACAAUAGUUUUAAAAAAUAAGUAUACAAACUGUUACUUGACAAUUUAUGAAAUGUAUAUGAAGGAACCAUAAUUUGUUCUUCCAGCUUAAGAUGUUAAUGCUACACUGAAGAAUAUACACAAGAUGGAAACCAAGUUAAGCUUUAUUCAUAAUCUAUUUAUAGAUUUAUUUUUUUAAUAUAAAUGAAGGAUGUUUUUAAAUCUUAAAGUCAGCUCUUGGAAUGCUGCAGUGUGCAAUUUGUGCCAAUGUUUUCUGAAUUCUAAGUUGAGCAGUAACAUCAUGGCUUUGUAUUCUGAAAUAAGAUAUUGAGGUAGAACAUUUAAGUUCUUUAUCUCCAGUUUGCAAGAAAUGAAGCAUGCAUUGUUGGGUGUAAUUCAAGUUGAAGUAUAUAAAUGCACCAUCAGCUGAGCUGAUCUGUUAUGAUGCCGAGGUUUGUCCAUAUUUGGGGCAUCCAAGGCAAGAGCAAUAUUGUUGUUGAUUCCACAGGAAGCGCUAAGUUGAGAAGGCAGAGAUGCAUCUUCUAAUGUUUAGUGCCUUUUAUGCAUCAACCCGUGGAAGAGGUGCUGGCCUCAUCAGUUUAACAUUGCACUCCCCUGAGCAAGUUCUUGUAUUUUGCACAUGCUUCAAAGGAGGAUUAAAUGGCCAGAUCAGUGUGGUGAAGAAUAAUUGUGCAUUUGAUUUCUGGAAAAAAAGUUGAAAGAAAUGUUAUUCUAAAUAGGUUGCUUUAAAGGCUCUUUGUUGAACGCGCUGUAUACUUCAGCUCAACAGUGGAGUAGUUCACUGGGUGAUGCAGGUGGUGGAUGUAAUUCAUCUUCCGUUAUUGAUAGCACUCUUUGUUAUUGAUGGCUUCUGGAAAUACCAUAGUCUCAAUCACAUUCCUGAGAAUUGUACACAAAAAUCUAAGCUGACGUUUUGCUUCACUCUGAAUUGUUGUCAUUUGGAUGAGAAAUCUAAACAAAAUUUUGAAGAGCAGGGAAAUUAAUCCUAGUCUCCUGGCCAAAAUUUAUCCAUCAAUAAAAAUUCUCAAAAGCAGAUUAUCUGGUCCUUGGCACAUCAUUUUUUCUAUGAGAACCUUUAUAUCCAAAUUGUCUACUGUGUUUUCUGCAUUGCAGUAGAGAAUUACAUUUCAGAUAUCUUUGCCUGUCAAGCGCUUUGAGAUCCUGAGCCAAGAAAGGUACUAUACAAGUGGAUGUGUUUAUCUCCAUUAUAUAUUUUUAACAAAUUGAACUGAUGUGCUUCAAUUUUCCUAAAUCCUGUCAAACUGUUGUGUUUCCUCCUGUUCCAUUAAGGAAAAAUAUAGAAGGAAUUAUUUAUAAGCAACAUAAGUACAAAAAAACAUUUCAGGAAUGUGAUGAUUUACCAAUGAAAAAUGAAUAAUCUUCUUAAGAAAUAUUCACUGUAGCACAUUCAACUUCAAUGUAUUUGUAUGAAGGAUUUACAGUUUUAUGUUUGUUUCAUAAUUUGUAUUUUUCCUCUGAAGAGUGAAACUUCUGGAAUGCAAUAUUUUGAAGUUGUGUUAAUGAAUAGAGGGCACUUUUGAAACUAGUCGUAACAUUUCCUUGCUCUGCAAGCAUAUCAAGACUGAAAAGAUUCAUUUGAAAUGAUUAUAAUGAAUAGGGAACAGCAUCUUUCAAACAAUGACCUAAGAUUUCCUGGCUGUUUGCCAUUCUCCUCUUAGCUUAUAUACAUUCCCCUGGAGAAGACUUCCUUGGAGCUAUCCCAAUCCUCCCUUCACAUGGUGGUGUUAGUCCUGCUGACAAAUGCCAAAAAAAUCUUUGAUAACCUGCUUGCCAUGCAUCUGUGUCACAAACUGUUGAAAAUUCACUGAAUUGUUUUAAUUUCCCUUGAAAUGGAGAAACAUUUUUGCAAGUAUUAAAUAUUAUACUAUUUCAGUUUUAGAGUCCGGAGUUAUACAGCACAGAAACAGGCCAUGCAGACCACCACUUCCAUGCCAACCUAUUUUCCCACAGUAGAGCCAGACAGCAUGGAAACAGACCCUUUGGCCCAACUGGUCCAUGCGAACCAAGAUGCCCAUCCAAGCUAUUCCUAUUUGCCAGCAUUUGGCCCAUAGUCUUCCAUGUCUUGCCUAUUUAAAACUGAUUAAAAGUGAUUAAACUCAACAUAAUCCAAAUUGUCUUUAUACUUCAUUCUCUCACAGCAGUUCUUCUCCAUUGUAAUUAAAGGAGUUACUUUUCCUAUGCCAGAUCUAACCCAGAUACAGAUUCAACAGGCAGAUUUCCCAAUAGAGUCUAAUCAGCAAAAUUCACUCUUUGCUUGUUGGGAAGUUCAGGACUUGCCCAUGUGAGUGUCCAGAAUUUCCUGAUGCUUCCAGGGAAAAUGUGGAAAUGAGUUGAUUUCUGCCGACCAAUAUUUUGUUUGAUCUUUAGUUCAUUUUACAAAGUCUUCACACAUUUCUUGAAAAUAGCUCCCUUUGGGUGUUUUUUAAUAUGGGGAUUUCGAGGGAAAACAAAACCCCUUCCGGUACUUAGAAUGGUAGUAUUUUCCUCAACAAACCAACCAUGUUAUUUUCCCACUAGUGAGACCAGUCAUUCAUCUACAUUAGAUGAUAACGUGUGUGAUUGGGAGGCAUUGUUCUAAGUCUGAAAAGCUUUUUGGUUCCUUUCUUAUUCCUGUGCUUUUACAAGUCGUGGUUUUAUUUUAAUGCAAAAGCAAGGUGGUGAAUAAUCUAUUGUUUUCUUCUCCCUUCCUCAACUCCUUAACCUAAGACUUAUUUUGUAUCCUAAAAGAUGGGAUAUAGGACUAGUACAUGGUACUCUAACAAGUGCAUUAAUCAGGGACCUGGUGCAAUGGAACAUUCACUGGAUGAUUUCCUUCAUGUGGAGAAUGCAAAUGGUAUAUGUGGCUUCCAGACAAGUGACUGAGCUGGGGUAAAGGAUGGGCAGUGCCCUGAUUGUGGACAGGAAAGCAGGGGAUGGGGUGGUGGUGAUUGAAAUUUUGAGUUAUAGCUGACCAGUAAUUGGCACCUUGUGAGGAAAGGAUGAAGGGAAUGAGAUAAAUUGGGAAUCCUGGAGACCCAGGCCCAUUAUGGGAAAUUAAGGAGCAGGUUUGAUUUGCAUGGGUAUAGUCCAAUGGAGAGGAGCUGAUUGAAGGGCUUUCCAUGGAAUUCCCAGCCCAGAGUAACAAUGUGGAAGUGUGGUUGACUUGGACAUUUUUAGCAGAAGGUGCUCCUAGGAUAAUGUCCCCAUGACAUGGAAUGAUGUCACGAUACACCUCUGGUACCAAAAUAAUAUUCUGGAGUGAAACUCAACUGGAAACGCAGUGGAAUUAAGAAGUUGCAUAAUUUGACCUGAAAGUUAGAGCAAUGAUGUUCCAUUCAGGAAAAAAGUGAUUUUCUGAUGUGCCAUGGUAAAUUUCUGAACAUGAUUGAAUUUAUAGACCCUUCAGGUUUUUAGAUUCCCUAAAAUUUUCUGAUUUUAAUUAAACAAAAGGUGGCAGAGUAAACAUGCCUCAUCCUGUGGUAGGAGGAGGAAGAAAGUCUUAUUUUAAAUUCCCCUCAUGCUGAUCUCUAACAAUGGUGUUGGAGGCAGAAGGUCAGGUACACCUGCAGGUUGUGAAGAGAAAGUCAGUGAGUCACCCAUGGCAGCUCCUACACCUCCUCAUGGUUAAUUGUGGAAUGGUACUGAUGGGGGUCUGGGUGUAGCUCAUUCACUUGACUUUUUAAACUCAGGAAUGCAGAAGUUGUGACAUCUUGUUGCUGUAAAUAUAUACUCUCCUUGCUCUUUUCAGUCAUCCAAUUGAACACUGAAUACUUUGUGAUUUCUUUUUUAUUAUUAAGCCCUCCUCUCAGCAGGUGAAGGUAGAAUUGCACUCAACGGGACUGGCAUCAGGAGUGAAAGUAAUUUAAAUCUUUUACCCAGGCAGUUGUAUCACAGAUGUAGCAUCAGCCAUUUUCUUACCAAGAAGUCAUACUAGCCUAUACUUUCACCCCUGGCUAGUCUUUCCCUAAUAGUCAAUAAAGUGUUCUGCCUUGCAUUUAAGGAAGAUCACUUGCUUUUUUUUUUACACACCAUAAAGGUUUAGUUCUUUUGAACAUUACUUUGCUCUCAUGUAGUAGAGAAGGUGGAAUUGAAAAAAAAUUCAGAGCAGAUUCAAAGGGGGGGAGGGAGAGAGAGAGAGUGAUAAUUAAUAGUUGUCCAGCUUGUAAUACCUUAAAUUUGUCAGUGAUUAACAGUGCAGUUCUGAUUUUUGCUUCAAGCUAAGCCAAAUAUUUUAUAUCUUUUUUUGUUUUCAGCUUUGACAUGGGAAAUAACUUCCUCAUGUAUUUUCUCAGUUUAUAGAGUAUUGGAGUCUAAAUGAUCUGUAAACAAUAUAAUGCUUUGAGAAAAAGGACAUUGUAGCUUUAUCAUUAAUUAUAGAAGUGCACAUUAUGUAUUAUCUCUGGAGGCACAGAAUUUUUCUUAUUUUUAAAAAAAAAAGCAUCAGGUUUAUUUUAAGAUGUAAUUUCUUAUCAUUGGACCAAACUCUUCUAAAAAGUUGUAGAGCAACAAUCUUUUAGUGCUUGCUUAAAGUCCAUAAAUUUUUAUAAAAUAUAUUUAUGUAGACUAUAGUUAUGCAUUGAAUUGUUCUAAACAUUUUGCAUAUAAUACAAAUGCUAAUAUUGUUACUUGAAACUGUAUCACUCCAUGUCAUUCCAGUUCAUUGUACUUUUUCCAUCCUUUUUUACCUUGUGCUUUUGUAGUUUUUUUUUAUUUCUGCCUCUGUAAUUCUGUGAACCUGUUGGUUUGCUUAGGUCUUGUGCUUUAUGAAAUAUUUGUAUACUUGAACAAUCCUUUUUAUUGUUCAAGCAUUUUGUGACAGUACUGCACUGACAUCUACCAUUGAUUGUUGUUUUCAAUUGUAUUUUAGUAUUUUGGUUAGUUAUCCAUUUUACUCCAAUACAUUGUGUCCAUCUUUAUGACAGUUAAAAACUGAUGUGCAAAAUUAAAAUGGUUACUUCUAUGCCAGCAUAAAUUGUUUUUAAAUGUGCUUUUUUUAAAUUUUCAUUAUUUGUUUGUUUCAUAUUGACUUUAUCAUUAAAUGUUAAUAAAUCAGUUGAUUUUUGAGAUUUAGUUUGCUUGUCUCCAUAUCAUGUUUGAUGUCCACCCUGGAAAGAGUAAAAUGAAGACGAGGAGAACUACUUUAAGGUAUGAAUCACAUGCCUGUCUUAUUCAGUAAUUACACUGGA